UUCACCAAACCCCAAAAAAAAAAAACACUCCGUUUCAGUUCCAAAAAAAGGACACGACAUUAUUUAAAAUCCAGGAAAAAAUGGGUAUUUGUAGUUCAUGUGAGUCGACUCAAAUAACGACGGCUAAGUUGAUCCUACAAGACGGAAGGUUACAGGAAUUUCCGUACCCUGUAAAGGUUUCUUACGUAUUGCAAAGGAACCCCAUGUGUUUCAUUUGUAACUCCGAUGAGAUGGAUUUCGACGACGUCGUUUCCGCCAUUGAAGAAGACGAAGAGCUUCAACCUGGUCAGCUUUACUUUGCUUUGCCGUUGACUUGGCUUAAACAUCCUUUACAAGCUGAAGAAAUGGCUGCAUUGGCUGUCAAAGCUAGCUCGGCUUUAAUGAAAAGUGGCGGCUGCGGUGGUGAAAAAUCUGGGUCGCGGCGUAAAACUGUUAUCCCUUUCGAGUUUGCGGGUGAGUCUCCAAGCCGGAAAGUUGGUUCCGGCAUCGGUUGUGGCGGAGGGAAGAGAGGGGGGAGGGGGAGGGGGAAGGGGAGGAGGAAGUUUACGGCUAUGUUGAGUGCUAUUCCUGAAUAAGUGGGAAAGGGUAUAUUUGUAAAUAUGAGAUGGUAUUGGGGUAUUUUAGUCAAAUCACUGUGAAAUAAAGUGGUUGACCAAUCAUUUUGAUCUACUCACUUGUCUUCUUUACGUUCUUGGGUAUGCCCAUUUGAGGGUAGUUUUACAAUUUUACCCCUAUUUGGGUCAAAAUGAAUAUUCUUUUAAAAUGAUAA